AUGGUCCACCUAUCCAGAGUAAAAAGGGGCAAGCAGGCCCAAAAGCCUCAGCACGAGCAAGACCAAGGUGAAGGUGCGGCGACCCCGUACGUGUAUGGAACACACUAUGCCACUGAAGAGCUUCCGGAGCAUGUCAUGUCUGAACGGGAAAUGCCCGCAGAUGUUGCUCUCCGGUUGAUUAAGGAUGAAUUGAGCUUGGAUGGAAACCCUCUGCUCAAUCUCGCGAGUUUUGUUACCACUUAUAUGGAAGAUGAAGCGCAAAAUCUUAUGACCGAGGCGAUGAGCAAGAACUUCAUUGAUUUCGAAGAAUACCCACAAACCGCGCACAUUCAGAACCGUUGCAUUAACAUGAUCGCGAACUUGUUGAAUGCGCCGAUCACCGAAGGGAACAGUGACCAGGAUUGCCUCGGGACGUCCACGAUCGGAUCAUCGGAAGCGAUUAUGCUCGCGACACUGGCCAUGAAGAAACGCUGGCAGAACAAGCGCAAGGCAGAGGGGAAAGACUGGACGCGUCCGAAUAUCGUCAUGAACAGUGCGGUGCAGGUGUGUUGGGAAAAGGCAGCGAGAUACUUUGACGUGGAGGAGAAGUACGUCUAUUGCACGGAUACACGAUAUGUGAUAGACCCGAAGACUGCAGUGGAUAUGGUGGAUGAGAACACGAUCGGCAUUUGCGCUAUUAUGGGCACAACCUAUACGGGACAGUAUGAAGAUGUCAAAGGCAUCAAUGACUUGCUCAAAGCGAAGAAUAUCGACUGCCCGAUCCACGUCGAUGCAGCUAGUGGCGGCUUUGUGGCGCCGUUCGUAAGGCCAGAACUGGAGUGGGAUUUCCGACUGGAAAAAGUAGUGUCGAUUAAUGUCUCUGGACAUAAGUAUGGAUUGGUCUACCCUGGCGUCGGCUGGGUCUUCUGGCGCUCUCCUGAGUAUCUACCUGAAGAGCUCAUCUUCAACGUUAAUUAUCUCGGUUCCAACCAGGCCACGUUUACAUUGAACUUUUCAAAGGGUGCCUCCCAUGUUAUCGGCCAGUACUACCAAUUGAUCCGACUAGGCAAGCAUGGAUAUCGAUCUAUCAUGCAAAAUCUUACGAAAGUAUCGGACUACUUGGCAGAUGACCUAAAGAAACUUGGAUUCUUGAUCAUGAGCGAUGGCAACGGUCGCGGCUUACCACUCGUUGCUUUCAGAAUGAAGCCUGAUGACGAUCGACUGUAUGACGAAUUUGCUUUGGCUCAUGUUCUUCGCCAACGCGGAUGGAUCAUUCCAGCAUAUACAAUGGCUCCACAUAGCAACCAGUUGAAGAUGAUGCGUGUUGUCCUUCGAGAGGACUUUACCAUGCACCGGUGUAAUAUCCUCCUUGAGGACAUCAAAGCCGCAUUGAAGUCACUAGAAGAGAUGGAUGCCGAGAUGAUCCAGAAAUACACGCUGCAUCUUAGGGCGCACAGCGACAGAAAACUGCCGCAGCAACAUGCACAUUACAAGAAUGAAAAACACUCAUUGCAGGGUAGAACUGGGAAGACGCAUAGUGUAUGUUGA